UUCAGGUCCUGCAGUGGCAGCCGAGUGACUCAGGCCUGUCUGCACUGUAUGACACGUGCAAGGACAGAUUAAAUAGCAAGAGACCAUGCAGGCACACGAGCAUGCUACACUCCCUAUUAAUGGAAGUGGGUGCUUUGUGGAUGAGACAAGCUGGCUGCACAGUGGUUGCGAAUUCCAACAAGGAAGUCCUUUGGUACAGUGCCAUUUGUCUCUGCCAAAAAAACAUGUAGGCCUAGUUGCAGACAGAUUUCAUAAAAUGAAAAUUGUAGCAGUGUUCACUGAAACUGAGAAGAGCCACCUGUGCUCCAUGCUGCUACUUGGUCCAAGGUACAGAGGCUGUUGGUGCCAGUGGCUCUGGCUGCUUCCUGUGCCGUUGCCAGCAGGCAGCUCUUAACACUGAGCUGCCCCAUGGUUCAUAGUGCAGGGCAAGUCAUGUGUUUGUCAACAACUGAGGCACAAUGGAUUUGGGAAAGAAAAGAACUGAUGUUGAACUCUCCAGUGAGUAAUAAAGUUGGGUUGUUUAAAUCAUGAAAAGUAAGACUUUCUGAAGCUCUGGGAUCCUUGGCUUUAUUUUUAAUCCAGAAAUAAGAGAAUUGUUUGGAGCUCAUGUAGAUGGAGAUAGUCUCUAAUUUAUUGCCAAGACUUAGGCUUAGUUGGGUAUCACCUAAAAGAUGUGAGCAUAUAGGAGAGAGAAAUUUUGCCUGGAAAUGACUGCAGGCUCGUGAUACUGAAGGUGUUACAUAAACUAUGAUUAAAAAAAAAGUUACACGGCUGCUAUAUCCAUAUUAAAAUUGUCUAAAAGAAAUGUCUGUGUGUUUCUGCUUUCAGCUUUAUGAUUGUCUGCACCCCAGAUGUUUUUCAUAGAGCAACAGUUUAAAUUUUUCUCCUCCCUCUAUCCAGACAUGGCCAAAAAGUAAUGGGGGAGCUCUUUGUCUUUUUUGUUCUAUACCCUGCAUCACCUUUCCUCCAUUUUCCACUUUUUCAGACAGCUUGUAGAAUAUUGUGCCACGUGUUCUUAAUAACAGAGUGGGCUCUUCCAUAACCAUUUGUUUAAACCUUCUGGUGCAGUCUCUUGAUACCAGGUUUGUUUUAAAAAUCCUACAGUUUCACUCCCUGGCUGGUGCAGAGCUAUAUUUAGUGUACCUGGUGCUGGGGAAAAGUUAAACUGCCUCUGGAUUUCCAUUUGGCUGCUGAAUCUGUCCCUAGCCAGGCAUGAGUGGUCAAAGGGUACAAAGGCAGCCCAGAGCCCACACACUGAGGGAAGGAAACUGAAACAAGGGGAAGAAUUUCAUGGCUCACUGUUGCCACUGACCAGAGCAGCAGUAUAAGACAGCUGUUGCAGAAGAAUCUGGAUCGUUCUUUUUAUCCCCAUCUUUGAAACUGGGAAGGGUUUUCUAGCACAAAGCAAAGAGAUUUGUUACAACCAGCCUUCUCUUCCUGGCCCUUCGAAGAGCUCACUCCAGCAUUUACUCCAGGAGCAGGAAAUGUUGCUGAAAUCAUAAGUGUAUAUUAUAAUAGCAUAAUAUUGUAUCAAUAAGACUUUUGUUGCCUCCUUCACAUUCUGCAUUCUGGAAAGACUUUUAAACUAAGCGUAAAUGAUUACUUAUUAAAGAGAAUCAUAUUAUCUGUACGUAAACAUAAUUUGAUAAAAACAUUUAGAAUUCUUAGAGGAAAAAAUAUUUUCAAAAAACACUGCAGCUGUAGAGUACAUCUGCUUUUCCUCAUACUGUGAUCCAUAAUGACUCACUGGGUAACACUGAAUGAAACUCAGUGCUAGACAUAUAAAGAUAAUUAUGAAUUUUCAAAACUGUCAACAGCUUUUGAAUUACUAUUUGGCCUUAUUGACAGGAGCUGGACACUGGCUGGGCACUGUGCUGGUUGAAAUGAUGAUAGCUCUCAGAUUUCAGGCAUUUUAGAGAAUAACUAAAGUGUGCCAAUCAUCCUGUGCAGACAAACCCUUACAUGUAAAAGUCACCAAAUCAUUAUACAAAAAAUGCUAUGAAACACAAACUCAGGCCUGGAGGUGUGCUGGGGUAAGAAGGUUAUCAAACCUGCCUCAGCACUGCCCUUGUCUGCAGGUGGAAGAGAUAUGUGGUGGUUAUGAAGCCUUGGAGAACCCAUAUGUUUUUACAGGGGAGCUAAUGGCCCCUAGCUAUCAGUGUUUGGGAAAAUUUGUACAUGAUUUUAGUGUUUAAUUUCUGCUGUACAUGUCAGCACUGCUAACAUUGUCAUAUUUAUGCCAGGGGAGGGUUAUGACAAUCUCCUGGAGCAAACUUCAAACUGAACCACAGGUUAUUAACAUCCUGCAGCAAGUCAUCACUUCAGCCUAAAGAUUUGAGGAAGAACUAAACUCUACAUGAAAACUGAAUGUAAUUAAGUCUUACAUUCAGGACCCUGAUGAGUGAUACACAGCGAGAAGUAGAAGAUGGCAAAUUUCACAGAGAAUGUGACUGAGAAGUGCAAUAUUAAUCAUGAUAUCCACGAGACAUUAUCCCCUGUGGUGUACAUAUUUGUGUUUAUAUUAGGCUUGCCAGCUAACUGCCUGUCACUGUACUAUGGGUAUUUACAGAUCAAAGCUAAAAAUGAAUUAGGUAUCUACCUUUGCAAUUUGACUAUAGCGGACCUGCUGUACAUAUUUUCUUUGCCUUUUUGGCUUCAGUAUGCUUUACAGCAUGACAACUGGACCUAUGAUGAGCUGCUGUGCAAAGUUUGUGGCAUCAUCCUGUAUGAGAAUAUCUACAUCAGCGUGGGCUUCCUGUGCUGCAUCUCCAUCGAUCGCUACCUGGCUGUAGUGCACCCCUUUCGGUUUCAGCGCUUUCGGACCAUGAAGGCUGCUGCCAUUGUGAGCAUCAUUAUCUGGGCCAAAGAAAUUAUGACAUGCUGCUUUGUCUUCACACACGGGGAGAUCAGUAUGGAUGCUGAGAGCCACUUGGUGUGCUUUGAGCAUUACCCCAUCAAGAAAUGGGAGCACAAUGUCAAUUACUACCGCUUCUCUGCUGGCUUCCUUUUCCCCUUCUUUCUGCUGGCCUUUUCCUACUGUGGGAUUUUACGAGUUGUCCACAAGAGUCCCGGCACCCAAAAGAAGAAGAAAAUCCAAAUUAAAAGACUGGUUUCAAGCACUGUUUGCAUAUUUUUAGUCUGCUUUGGACCAUACCACAUCCUACUCGUGGUUCGUAGCUUGUUGGAGAACAACUGCUCAUUUGCUGAGAGAAUAUUUAAUGUUUACCAUAUUUCUCUCCUGUUAACUACUUUUAACUGUGUUGCUGACCCAGUAUUGUACUGUUUUUCCAGUGAAAGCACUUACCAGAACUUUGUCAAGAUGAGAGACUCUUGUCUAACGUGUUUAGGCCAUCAGAGUACUGAGACGAAGGAAUCCUAUCCACUGAACACUACUGAACCUCCCAACAGAACACAGCAUGAGCAACAGCCAGGGUUAUUACAAAUACCUCUUGAUGGUGCUGGAAUGAAGGGCUGCUUCACAACUAGUGUAGACAGCCUAUAGCAUUAAUCAAAACGACCUUAAUCCUACAUCUGCAGCUAUGGUCAUAUUUAUGUAUCUGUCUGAAUUAUUCAUGUAUUACAACAGUGUGACCUCCCAAAAGCUUAUGAGCAAUGCUGCAGAGUGAAGCUGUUUCUGGAGGUGCUUGGACCCUGGCAAUAAUGAGAAAAGUAUGUGAUAGAUCAGUUCAGUUAUAAUCACACAUCUGUUGCUGUGCUUUCACUUAAAACCUAUUUGUCUUGACGACUGCAUUGACUGGAAUAAGCCAGUACUCGUGGUGUGUAGUUCUGGUGAACUCAUAUUUAGCUGCCUUCUGUUUGCCCCUGUAGCAUCUGGAGCAAGGAAUUCUCUACAAACUGUUAUCAUCUGUUGAAAAGGUAUGAGACAGAAAAAAUUAAAUGUCCCCAUAUAUACUUUUAAAAAGAAAAAGCCCAACAAAACACUUCUGCAACAUCUCUGUAACUCUCCAAAAUAACAACUUCUUCUGCAAGUUUCAAAGCCUGCAGAGACCAUGCCAGAACCAGAUUCCUAAAACAAUUAGUCCAUAGUGCGAGCCAUUAUGGCAGAACAAGCUCAAAGGGCUCAGCACCUUUAUUUGUUAUUUGACUGUUGAAUCUCAGACUGUUAAACCUCAUGGUAAGACUCCAAAAGAAUUCUGGAAGUAUGAGACUCUGGGCUCCAAGGGGUGUCAGUAACUUGGUUUGUUGACUUGGAAGAGAACAAGAGGUCGCUAUUACCUGAGAAACUUUGAUCCCAUGUGCUUCUCUGAGUCACUGUGUUCAGGAAUAUUUAUUACGUCUAAAUUCUAUUCCACCUUCCUAAGGUUUUGAUUGUGUCCUUUGCAGUUUGUGUAUCUUGUGUAGCACAGGCCAUGCAGGCAAUUAAAUAACAAUGCAUUUGUCAGGGAAACUGUUGAAUGAAUCCUGUUUAAGCUCUGUUUUUGCCCACAGAUAAUAGAGUUUAGGGUUUGGUCAUUGUUCAGUAAAUACGGUAUCAGAUAUGAUGUAUGAAUGAUCUGUGUCCUGGUUUAGACAGAAACAAAAUAUAGGAGUAAGUGGAGAAUAAUGGCUUUUAAAGACGUGGGAGUUGUGCUCCACAGUAUUGUUCCUACCACCACCUCCUCUCUAGGUUUUUUUGGGUUUUUGUUGUGCUAGUGAAUCCUGCAUGAUUCUUCUUUGUGAUCUGCUCAUCACACCUUCUUGUACCUGUAGCUGCUACACUAUGAAUAUCGCCUUGUCCUUUAAAUUCUCUCAUUUCAGACCUUCCUCGAAACACCUCUGUCUCUGCAAUCUGGAGCUGAUAACUUCCAGCAGUAUAAUCAGUUUUGUUUCUUUGGUUUGCUUUUGAGUCAAAAGAUUGUCUAAACACAUGGUCUACUCCUGAAUAUGUCAUAGUAACAUAUUGCUUGCCAUCAGAUUCCAAAAGGAAUAUAUUCUAACAGUUUUCUGGAAACCACCUGGAGAAUGCAAUAUUAGAUAUAAUUAGUGGAUGUGUUUAAUAAAGAAUGGUUUUAUAAUUUUUUAAAAAAUAUUUUUUCACACGAUCCUUGAAAUAACUAUCUUUUAGCUUUGGUCCACAGUUUCUAUUUGUGAGACUACAGAUCCUCUCCUCCUUCCUCUUGCAAAAAGGAUUCAUGUCCCCAGUCCCAAGAGGGGAUUAAGUUUGCUUAUGUUAACAUUUGGUUUGUUUAAUUAUUUUACAUUCUUUAUACUUUGACCACUCAGCUGGAUUAAUUACUUUACAGCUGCAUUUUUUUCUCCUGACUAUUAGCACAGUUUAGCUUUAUUUUCUCCUAAUCUUUCAUCUCAUCUGCUGUGUAUUCCAAGGGGCUCAUAAGGCAGGGACUCCCUCCUGAUUCCUGUAGGGCCGAGCUUGUACAUUGUUAAGCAUCGACUCCUCGGACCCCCACGACCUGUCAAGCUGCAAGACCCAUGUGGUUUGUUCUAGGAUAAAUAUUUGUUGUCGUGUUUUUGCGUUGCUUCUUUACAGUUCCCCGUGCUGUUUAAACUAGACAACUGGAAUGCAGAGCAUGCUGUACUACAUGGAAUUGUCAUCUGAGGGAUUAAGGCUCAUUUGAGUUGGGUCUUUGAUGUGGUCAGCUUUGGUCAGCUGCUGCAGUUUAAAAUCAGAUGGAAACUUGUGUAACACAGCUCAGCUUUCUGCUACAGUUCUCAGCACUUAACCUGCUAACCCGCAACAGAAAGGAGGGAUUUUUUUAUUUUUUUCCCGUUUUUUUUCCUUGAGGCCAACAUUUUACCAAUUCUUUCUGUAGUGUAACUGUUUGGCUUAGGCUGCAGAACUGUAACCAAUAUAGCAGGAAGGUAACUCCCACUCAGAGCUUUUUCUUCCAUCUCAGUCAAAACACAUUCACUCAAGAGUCCUGCAAAGGUUGUAGGGGCCUGCUACAUGUGCUAUUGAAGUAAAUGCCGUGCUUGGGAAUGCACACUAGAAGAUAUUUUAAGAGCAUGCACUAGAGAAAAAGAGAAAUAAAUCAUUAAAUCUUGUAUUUCUUUAUGAAAUCUGUCUGUUAAAACUUUGUUUUGGAAGAAAAAAGAGCAAAAGCUUACUAAAUGAAAAUUUUUUGGACAAAAAUUAGUGCUAGGAAAUAUACAUUGCACCUGUUAGUGUAAUAUGUCAGUAGCACAGACAAUAAAAUCAGCUGCUUCUUUUAA